AAUGAUUCUCAUCAUUUUCUAUGCCAUCCUGUAUGCAACGUGUACUUGUGCAUAUCACAAUUUAGCAUUAUGGAAACCUGCCUGGCAGAAAAACGAUUUUUCACAAACUAGGCCAUGGGGAGCAGACAGGGCUGUUGAUGGGAAUUAUACUGACCGUGGAGUACUUGGCAAUCAGUGUACACAAUCAGCACUCUAUCAACAAACAGCAGAAUGGAGAGUGGAUCUAGAGAGUGUGGUCAGCAUUAGUUACAUCAACAUCUUCUAUAGGACGGAUAAUAAUCCUGGUUCGUACGCAUCUCGAUUCGCUGGAUUUUACCUUUAUGUCUCCAACACGACUUCAAAAGGGGACGGAAUACUGUGUUUCCAUGAAUUACAGACUGUAGACGGUACACCUCUAGAAGAUCAGAGGAUCAACUGCUCCGUGUAUGGACGAUAUGUUAUAUACUACAACGAACGUCUUAGCAGCGUGGUCUAUCCUCCUUACUAUUCUCAGUAUGCAUUUAGUGAACUUUGUGAAGUGGAGAUUUAUGGCUGUCCAAUUCCUGGAUAUUCUGGAGAAUACUGUAAUCAGACAUGUCCAGUGACGUGUCAGGAUCAGCAAUGUGACGCCGUCACUGGUGACUGUGUGAAAGGUUGUUUAUCAGGAUAUCAAGGAAUGCACUGCAGUUAUUUUAACUUAGCGUUAAGGAAACCUGCCUGGCAGCGUUAUGGUUGGCCAAAUAAGCUAGUAAUCUGGGGAGCAGAUAAGGCAGUGGAUGGAGAAUAUUCCAACCGUGCAGGCCCUGGAGAUCAGUGUACAAUAUCUGGCCCUGGUCAGCAAACAGCGGAAUGGAGGGUGGAUCUACAGAGAGUCGUCAGCAUUAGUCACAUUUACAUCUUUUAUAGGACUGACAAUGUUCCAAACCCUGGUGCAUUCUAUGACAGAUUUGCUGGAUUUUACGUUUACAUAUCGAACGAUACAAAUAAAGACAGUGGGCGUCUAUGUUUUCACGAAAUGCAACUAGUAAACGGAACACCAACAGAGAACCAGACAAUCAACUGUCCUUAUGACGGGCGAUACGUCAUAUACUACAACGAGCGGAAGCCGGGUGUGACGUAUCCAAGUUACUACUCUCAAUAUGCAUACAGUGAAUUGUGUGAAUUGGAGGUUUACGGGUGCCCUGAAUCUAAGUACUACGGCCAGUAUUGUGACCAAUUAUGUCCAGAAAAAUGUCUCGAGCAAAGGUGUAAUAUCUCUACAGGAUACUGUAUCGAGUGUAAUCCGGGUUAUAAAGGACAUCGAUGUAGUGAGAAAUGUGAUGGUAGAAUGUACGGACCUGCCUGCAGUCAGAGCUGUGGUCAUUGUCUUCAUAACACACAAUGUCAUCACAUCAACGGUAUCUGUUUAGGAGGUUGCUCCGCGGGAUACGAAGGACCUUUAUGUAAAAAACAAUGUGACGGUGGAAGGUUUGGCCUGAAAUGUAAUAACACCUGUGGACAUUGUCUUAAUGGUGCUUAUUGUAACCGCAUUAACGGAUCAUGUACAGAUGGGUGUUCUCCUGGAUAUAGGACACCCCUCUGUAUUAAUAAAUGUGAUGGCGGAAAGUUUGGCUUAAAAUGCAAUAAUACCUGUGGACAUUGUCUUAAUGGCAUGCCCUGUCACCACAUCAAUGGAUCAUGUUUAGGAGGGUGUUCUCCUGGAUACAAUGGAUCCUUCUGUAUCGACAAAUGUGAUGGAGGAUGGUAUGGGGCGUCCUGCAGUGAGGAAUGUGGUCAGUGUUUUAAUAAUACAAAGUGUCACCAUGUCAACGGUUCUUGUAGUGGAGGUUGCUCUGCUGGAUUUAAGACACCCCUCUGUAUAGACAAAUGUGACGGCAGGAUGUAUGGAGCUAACUGCUCUCAGAUCUGUGGUCACUGCUUAAAUUAUCAUCAGUGUCAUCAUAUCAACGGUACUUGUUUACAGGGAUGUUCUCCUGGAUACGAGGGUCCCAGCUGCAAAACCAAAUGUGAUGGUGGGAUGUAUGGUAUAAACUGCAAUGAAGCCUGUGGUCACUGCAUAAACAAUGAACAAUGUCAUUAUAUCAACGGUACUUGUUUACACGGGUGUUCUCCUGGAUACAAUGGACCGGGCUGUAAAAUAAAGUGUGAUGGAGAUAUGUAUGGAUACAACUGCAGCCAAAAGUGUGGAAAUUGUAUGAACGAUACACAGUGUAAUCACGUCAACGGUACGUGUCCAGAAGGGUGUGCUGUAGGAUUCAAAGGAUUGCUAUGUGAACAAGAAUGUGAGAGCAGGAUGUAUGGUGUUAACUGUACUCAGUCCUGUGGUCACUGCAUAAACAAUGAACAAUGUCAUCAUAUCAAUGGUACUUGUUUACAUGGGUGUUCUUCUGGAUACAAGGGACCGGGCUGUAAAACUAAAUGUGAUGGUGGAAUGUAUGGAAUUAACUGCAAUCAAGUCUGUGGUCACUGCCUAAAUUAUGAACAAUGCCAUCAUAUCAACGGUACUUGUUCAAAAGGAUGUUCUAAAGGAUACAAAGGAUAUCUCUGCAACUCUGUGUGUGACGGUGGUAUGUAUGGAAACCUCUGCAACCAAAGCUGUGGACAUUGUAUAAAAGAUAUCCAGUGUAACCACGUUAAUGGUUUAUGUUAUGAAGGGUGUUCUAUAGGAUUCAAGGGGUUGCUCUGCGACAAAGCAUGUGACGGUGGAAUGUAUGGAAUUAAUUGCAAUCAAAUAUGUGGUCACUGUAUGGAUGAUGAACAGUGCCAUCAUGUUAAAGGUACUUGUCCUCAAGGAUGUUCCAAAGGAUACAAGGGGUUCCUCUGCAAAGCUGAGUGUGAAGGUAGAGAGUAUGGUUAUAACUGCAAUCAAAGCUGUGGACAUUGUAUGAACAGUACCACGUGUAACCAUGUCAAUGGUACAUGUCCAGGAGGGUGUGCUUUAGGAUACGAAGGACAUCUUUGUACGAAUGUUUGUAGACGAUCGUACUGGGGAGUCAAUUGUAAAGAGACCUGUAGUUCAGAGUGUGUCAGCCAGACUUGUCAUCACGAGUCAGGACAUUGUCUAGCAUAUGCACAGGCACAGUCUUGUAACACAUGUAAAAAAGACUACACAGUGACUAUUACAAGUGUGGUUGUCUCCUUAUUAAUUGUGCUGAUGGGAAGCCUUCUUAAUUUUCUUAUCUGGAGGAAAAUGCAGCCGAAAGGGACGGUUAUGGAUACUGCAAAUGAGAAAGAGUAUUACAAUGAAUUCCCAGCUGUUGAUAUAGGAGAAAAACAAAGUGGACAUGAUGUGAAUACCUCCCCUUAUGCAGAACUAAGAGAACUCGACCAGCUAAACACUUAUGAUGAACUUCAUUAAUGUGCAAAAGAAGAUGACAGAAUUUAGAUGGACGCUUUGCUAUUGUUAACAUUUUAAUGUAGAACCCACUUUCCAUUUAAGCUUUAAUUAUAUAGACUUUUCUUGGUGUAAAAUGUCAGUACAUGUAUAUUUUUAUGAGAGGACAUCUUUCAAAUUUUUUCGUGAUGGACGUCGAAGGAAUUUGAUUUUUAUGUCUUUUUUUAUCCCUCUUCAUAUAUCUUUUCCACAAUCAGAUUUAUGCCGCAGAACAUGACGGUGAAAUAUGCUUAUGUACGCUACAAACUAUGUAAGAAAGUUUUUGAAAAUGGAGGGAUGGCACAAAUUUUGUCAGUCUCUGCAUUGAGUGCAGAACAAAAUAAAAGAUAAAGGUAAACACAAAUAAUAAUAUAACUUUGUUCCAAUGAUUUAUAACGAAGAUGUUUAACGUAAAGUUCUGCAGAAUGUUGAUUUCACUGAAUUUUAUUUCUUAAGGAAAAUACAAAUUUCAAUUCAAUAUUAAUCACCCCGAUUUGCGUACAAUUUUAAUGUAAAUAAGAGUAAGUUACCUGUUUUAACUUCCAGUUGCGUUGUGUUUUGUUGAGGGAAAUAUUCUUCUUAUAUGUUCUACAUCCGUGCAUGAUUUUACUUUGAUUUUUUUUUUUUUACUUUUUAUGAAAGCUACAUACUUCUAACAAACAAAUAUAAAUUUGAUAAAAUAACUUUUGUAUUCACAAUUUUUCA